UGUAUUUCUAAGAAACAUGUUUUGAUGAAACCCUGCUGUUCUGUGAUGGGAGUGUGAAACUAGUGGAGACAUGUCUGUGAACAGGCUGUAUCUCAUUAUAUUAAAUACAAAAUAAAAGAUAGAUAUUUACAUCGUAAUCCUGUUAUUGGAGAGGAUCUGUUAUAUAUAUGGAGCUGUCUGCAGUGAUGCAGCAGAGAUGAAGCAUCCUAAAGAACAGUUCUACUGAGAUUCACUCAGAAUGAAACACAAUCACACUUAUUGAUCCUAAAUGUGGAGCAGCAGAUCUCUGAAGUCUCUGAAGCCCAGCAGCAGCAGCAGGUUCAGGUUCAGGUUCAGGUGGGUGUGCCUCUUCAUCCUGCAGCGUCACCACGGUGGAGCAUAUAUAAACCAGAGCUCAGGUGAGUCUCUCAUCCAUCAGGUGUAGCACCGUCACAGACAGCAGCUCUCAGGUGUAACCAGGUGUAACGGUCUCAGGUGUAACCAGGUGCAGUCAUGCAUCCUUCCAGCGGACUCCAGCUCCUCUUUGCUCUCCUGUUGCUGCUGAACCGGAGCAGCUCAUCUGUUCAUAACGACGCCACCGAGUCAGACCCCAUCCAGCCGGUUCCGGUCCAAGAGACCCAGGAGGAGCCGGUCGAGGAGGACUCGAACCAGGCGAGGAGCGGCGGGAGGCGGCCGGCUGAGGCUGCGAGGAACGGCCCAGACCAGAGCCAGGUGGGCUGCAGGGAGCUGAGGUCCACCAAGUACAUCUCCGACGGCCAAUGCACCAGCGUCAACCCCAUCAAGGAGCUGGUGUGUGCCGGAGAGUGUCUGCCCAUCCACCUGCUGCCCAACUGGAUCGGCGGCGGGAGUUACACCGGGAGGCACUGGAGCCGCCGCGACGCCCAGGAGUGGCGCUGCGUCAUCGACCGGACCAGGACCCAGCGGAUCCGGCUGCAGUGCCAGGACGGCAGCUCCAGGACCUACAAGAUCACCGUGGUGACCUCCUGCAAGUGCAAGCGCUACUCCAGACAGCAGAACGACUCGGGACACAAGGACACGUCCGUCCACGGCGGGAAACAGAGGAAGACUCAGAAGAAGGCCGGAACGCCUGAGGACAGAGCCGAGAUGCAGUCUGACAACUAACCAGCCACGCCUGUCUUCAUCAGGAAGAUAUGGAGGAGUUAGACGUGUCAAAUCAUAGCCAAAUGUCUCAGAGCCAGGUAGAGGUAGAAGGGUAGCGUAGAUUGGUCUCAGAACGUAGAUUAGAGUGAAACUGUUUAUAGAUUACACAGUUCAAUAAGAGGAAUAGUCUCAUGUCUGUGUGUUAAGCACUGAUCUGGAGUCAGGACAUGGUUAGCCUAGCUUAGCACAAAGGCUGGAAGCAGGGGGAAACUGUUAGCCUCUAAAGCUCACUGAUCAACACGGAUCAUGUUUGUUUCAUAUGUACACAAACACACAUGUAAGAAUGUCAUAGAAGGAGUUACAGGCUGGAACUAUUCCUUGAUGAGUAACGCUUUAUCCAUCCGCCCAGCACACCUGCAGCAUGAUUGUUGCCAGAUACAGUGACGAUGCACAAUCGCACCAUUCAUUGUCUAUGUGAGCAGCCGUGCAAUGCAUUCUGGUAGCGUGGCGGCGCGAUUCGAGAGACGGAGCGUCACGACGGCCGCUCCUCAUUUGCAUAAAGUUGAGGUCUAGU